AUGGAGUGUCCAAACGACGAAUUGGAACUUGCAAAGCGAAGACUUGGGUUCCAGAUCCAAAUCCUCCGUGAUGAGAUGGAGCGUCAGUUCAAACGCAUAUUGACACAAACUGUCGAGGCACACGAGAAUGAUCGAAAGAACAACUUUGAGCGGUAUCUCACCCGAGCCUCUCUAGAGUGCCCUCCGGGAAUCUUUGAACGACUCAAGAGCUGGAUCCGUGGCGAGUUUCCAAGCUACAUCUCAGCAUUCCAUUACUCCCAGGGCGGCUCUUACUCAAUCAACUUCACUAACACGCCCCCGCCUGGCGCCUGGGAGCCCAUUGUGGUUGACAUGAAUAAGAUCUUUGAUCAGAUAGCUCCUACAGCAACGGAUGCCCAAAAGGAUAUGGCUGCAUUGAAGGGCGUCCAUCCCUCCGAGAAUACACCGACCACGCCAUCACGCAGGCCUCUACCGACGAAUCGCAGAACCUCUCCUCGUAUCAAGACCCCCUGCCCGAAAAAGACUGACAAGUUGCCGACAGCUCGGGUCGAAAAAAGCAAGCCGUCUAACCGAAGCCUGCCGCAGACCCCCCGGAAGCAGAAACGUCCUGUUGGGGAAGGCAGCCAGCCCGUAGGCGGAGGAGUGAUCAAGACUGCUGUUGCGACCAAGACGAUUUCUGAAAACCCGAGCUGGGCCUUCUCUUACGACCUCGGAGAAGGGUUUCAAUACUACAUCCUCCGGUGUCCAACACCGGGAUGCCAGUUUUCGUUCUCAUUGAAUCCCCUCAAGAAUAACAUGGCUGUUUCGCACUUCGAGGAGUGCAAGGUUCCCUAUUUGGAUGAAACGGACAUCGUUCGUCGAUACGCCCGCCAGUUACAAAAGCAACGAAUGGACAAAGAUCCCUCGGGGGAGGUUAGCAAGAUGUGGAUUGACAAUUACAACCAGCAGGUGGCGCGCGAGAGAAAGCGACGCCGCCGCAAGGAACCGAAGUCCGCGUUCGAGAGCCCCAAAAUACAUGUAGUCGAUGGAUCCUCGACCGAGUCACCCGAGACGUCGCCAGGCGAUACAGAGAUCAUGCAGAUGUGA